AUGUGUACCUACCUACCUAAGGUAGCUUGUGCCGUGACUUGCGGUUCGGGAUGUCUCGCUGCUGGCGGGUUUUCCUUUUGUUCAGACGAAGCCUCAGGAAGUUCGAGGCGAUACUGGCGCAGAGAAACCCAGGUGUCUCGAAUCGCGGCUCGCCAUUCGGCCUGGGGCGUUUGGGCCGCUGCGCUGCGCGACCCCACCUGGGACCUAGGCUACCCGCAAGCGGCCGCGUCGGGGCCAGAACUGUCAGUGAGUGUCAGGGUCCUUCCGGGUGGCCUGGGCAGGGCGCUGGGUGGGUGCCACGGGGUCUCAGUCGCACCCACCACGACCGGUACCGCCCACCGUCCAGUGCCCACUGGCAAGAGUCCACUGUGUGCGCUGUGUGUGUGGGUGUGGGCCGUCGCAUCCCCCUGCCCUUUCCCCCCCGUCCAUCCACCAACACCAACACUACUCUAUCAACCACCACCACCACCACUCACCCUCACAUACAACCCUACAACACACUGUUACUGCUUCUACAACUCGCUGCCAACACCCUUCCAACACUCUUCCAACACGCGCAUCCUAUCGCAGUCACCUGCCUCUCGAUUCUGCUUCUUCUGCGCAAUCACAACACAUCCCCGUCUUGCACGCGCACCGUCGCCUCCGCGUUCUCCCGGCCGCACACCGCACUCUGGUUGCGCUGUCGCAAUCGCACCACCAAACCGCCCAACCGCCCAACCACCCAGAUCGUCAACAAUAGCAACCGCGUCUCUUACUCAACCCCCUCUCUUCUUCUCCGAUACACAAACCGCAACCAUGCUCCUCCCCUCAGCGCUCUCCUGCGACUCAUCGCAGCCCUCUCAAUCCCGUCUCCAGCCAUCUCUCUUCUCUCCUCCCGCCAGCCCCCCAGCCCUCUCGUCGCAAAACGCUCUCGCCAACAUCAUGUCCACCUGCCGCAACCUCCAGUCUCUUCUCGCCUCACCCGCGCCCAUAGUCCCUGACGAGCGCCCUAUGCCUACACUCGCCCAACUCCCAACCCCGCCGCUCGCCCAUGCGCCGCCUCCUCUGAAGCUGCGCUUGCGAUCGCGCGGCAAGCCUGACGUGCGCGACGACCACCUCGCUCCCCGCAAGAGGAUCACCAAGCGCGCUCCUCCUCGCGGUGUGAACAAGAGGCGACGCGCCGCCGAUGAUGAUAUGGGUCGCCAUGACUUCGACUCCGACUCCGACAUGCAGGACAGCGACCUAGACGCCGACUCGCUUGAGCUGCAAGAACCAGCCGAUAACGAGCCUGUCGCACCUGCCACUCCCAAGCGCGCGCGUAUCGCCCCAGAACAAUUGCCUCUCGGUCUCGAGCGCUCCGACUUUCACGAUGUCCAUCGCCAAUCCGACGGCAACGACUCAAAUAACCAGGACGAGGAUGUCGACGGCGACGGUUGGAACGCCGAGGACGACCGCAUCCUCGUCGAGCUCGUACUAGAGAAGCUCAAGCUGUCCAAAUCAGAGUGGCAAGACUGCGCGCGCAGCCUCGGUCGCGACCGCCACGCCGUCAACCGUCGCUGGAAGAGCCUCAUUCUCGGCGGCGACGUUGGCAUGAAGCCUCGCGCUGGUCGUCGCGCCAGACUGCACUCGACCUGGCGAUGA